UUUGUAUCACUUAUCAGUCUGAAGUGAUCCUUGUGGCUUCUUAAAGCUCUUAAGUUUAAAAAAUAGAAUGAUAACUUUAAAAAUGGCUGAUUGGGGCCCACAUUCAAGACAAAUGUAUUCAAUCUUAAUUUGUCUCGUUAGCAUCGGAAUCAUCGAAGUUCACGGAAACGCCAAUCCCUCGGAAAUUGAAAAGCAUUUAGAGCUUGGUAAAUUAAUGAUGGCUAAGGGCCAACUCCAAGAUGCACUCACCCAUUUCCAUGCAGCUCUAGAAGGAGAUCCUUCUAACUACUUAACAUUAUACAGAAGAGCUACUGUAUAUCUUGCCCAGGGAAGAGCAAGAGCUGCAUUAGAAGAUUUGAAUCGUGUUCUUGAAAUCCAACCAGAUUUCAUUCAAGCCAGAGCUCAGAAGGGAAAUAUCCUAAUGAAGCUUGGGCGUUUGCAUGAGGCACAUAUUGAGUUGGAAAAAGUUCUCAAAAAGGAACCAACAAAUAGUGAAGUCAACAAAAAUUACAUAGCAAUUGAAUCAUUGAAGAAGAGUUACAUGCAAGCUCAAAUGUUUUUCAGUGACAAGGAUUACCACCAUGCCAUUGAUCUCUUAACCCAAGUUAUUGAUAUUUGCCCUUGGGAUAUUGGUUUGCGAGAGAUGCGCUCAGAGUGUUAUCUAGCUAUUGGAGAGGCAUCAAAGGCUAUUUCAGAUUUAAAAGCAGCUACCAAAUUGAUGUCCGAUAAUACCGGCGCUUUCAUGAAGCUUUCUAAACUGUAUUAUGGCUUAGGAGAACCAGAAGAGUCUCUAAACCAAGUCAGGGAAUGUUUGAAACUUGAUCCUGAACACAAGGAGUGCUUUCCUCAUUACAAGAAAGUCAAGAAAGUGGCAAAGCUUGUGCAGGAUCUGCAAACUAACUCUAAUGACAACAACUACCAAGGAUGCAUCACUUCAGCUAAAAAAGUCCUGAAAGUGGAUCCCACCGUAUCAGAAUUAUUAUUUUUGGCUGAAGAUAAACUAUGCCAUUGCCAUCUUCAACUAGGUGAACACUCGGAAAGUCUCGAGUUCUGCUCUUCAGCUUUAGCUCGGCACACAGAGCCGAGGAUAUUGUGCGACAGAGCUGAAGAUUACAUUGCUCUUGAUAUGCUCGACGAGGCUCAACAAGAUUAUGCUAAGGCAUUAGAAAUCGAAGAAUCAUUCAAUAGAGCAAAGGAAGGAAUGCAAAAAGUUCAGAAACUUCAAAAACAAGCAAAGAAACGUGAUUAUUAUAAAAUACUCGGUGUGAAAAAGAACGCCAACAAACGAGAAAUUGUUAAAGCCUACAGAAAACAAGCGCAACAGUGGCAUCCAGACAACUUCCAGAAUGACGAAGAAUCUAGGAAAAAGGCAGAAAAGAAAUUCAUUGAUAUUGCCGCAGCUAAAGAGGUUUUGACCGAUCCAGAGAAGCGACAAAAGUAUGAUAAUGGCGAGGACCCAUUAGAUCCUGAAUCCCAACAAGGCCAAGGUUUCAAUCCUUUCCAACAGGGGGGUUUCCAUAAUUUCCAUGGCGGCCAAUUCAAGUUCCACUUUAAUUAAAUUAAAAACAAAAUAACAUGGUUCGUUGUUUCAAAUUAACUUUUUUUUGUCUCAAAAGAUCGUUUAAAGUCUCGUCAUGAAUGGGUCACUGACAUUUAUCUUUUUUUCCUCUUUUUUAUUUCAACAAUUUUCAUCGAUUUGGCCUUCCUGUGAAUUUUGUACAUAGAAUAUUACCGGUAUCUGAUUAAAUAAUGGUACAGGUCACAAA